AAUUGAUGUGACUGAAGUACAAAUCUUCAUAAUAAUCAUGCACUUGCUGGCAGUGAUUGGAGGACCUCCUUUUUGGCAAUCUCUGAUUCCAAUCCUGAAUAUCCAGGUGAAAAUUUUCCCAGCUUUGUGCACUGUGGCAGGAACCAUCUUCUCCUGUACAAACUAUUUUGGUGUCAUCUUCACGGGUGGAGUUGGCAAGAAUGGAUCUACUAUAGCAGGAACCAGUGUCCUCUCUCCUUUCCUUCACAUUGGCUCAGUGAUAGCCUUGGCCGCAAUGAUCUACAAGAAAUCAGCUGUGCAGCUCUUUGAGAGACAUCCCUGCCUGUACAUACUGACCUUUGGCUUUGUGUCUGCCAAAAUAACCAACAAACUGGUGGUUGCCCACAUGACUAAGAGUGAGAUGUACCUGUAUGACACAGCAUUCAUAGGCCCAGCACUGCUCUUCCUCGACCAAUACUUCAACAGCUUCAUCGAUGAGUAUAUUGUCCUCUGGAUUGCCCUGGUGA